AUGAGAGCCACGCCUCCACAACCCUCGACUGGAAACCAUCCGCCCAGCCGCCUCGCUCACCAUCAACGCCCGUUCACAUACACCGGGCUGGAUUUCUUCGGCCCACUCCAAGUCACAGUAGGCCGCACACGACAAAAAAGAUACGGAGCGAUCUUCACCUGCCUAACCACGAGAGCGGUCCACGUCGAGGUGGCCGGAGAUCUGAGCACCGACUCCGCCAUCAUGGCACUCCGUCGCUUCAUAUCGCGACGCGGAUGCCCGACGGAGCUGUGGUCUGACCAGGGAACCAAUCUCCGCGGCGCGGACGCCGAGCUACAGAGGGCAGUACUAGAAGCUAUACAGGAAGACGCCAGUAUCCGGUUCAUCAAGUGGAGAUACAUACCGCCGAGCGCACCGUUCAUGGGAGGAGCAUGGGAGCGUCUGGUACGGAGCAUCAAAACAGCUCUGUACACCGUACUGCACGAACGCGCCCCGAAAGAAGAGGUCCUGCACACUCUAUUGGUCGAGGCAGAGCACACCCUCAACAGCCGCCCUCUCACCCAUGUAUCCACUGCUCCAGAAGACGAGAACCCCCUGACUCCGAACCACUUCCUACUGGGGGGUCCCUCACGAGUACCACUGCCUGGAGCCUUCACAGACACUGACAUCGAUGGGCGCAAAAUCUGGCGGACCAGCCAACGACUGGCCGACAUGUUCUGGUCACGCUGGGUAAAAGAAUACCUCCCUGAUCUCCAGCACAGACGAACUCCGAGAGCCACCAACGGCGCGCUACAACUGGGAGACUUGGUGUUCAUAGCCGACGGGACGCUACCACGCAACACCUGGCCCCGCGGCAUCAUUGUGGCUACAUACCCAGGCCCCGACGGAGAAAUAAGGGCGGUCGACGUGCGGACAAACAGAGGAAUUCUGCGCCGUCCUACAAAGAAGCUGGUAAUCAUUGCAACGGGAGACAACGAGACAACGAAGCGCGAACCCUAG